AUGAGUUACGAAGCAUGUGAUUUAUAAACAGAUUCAAGAUAUCCUUUUGAUCCAAGAGCCAAUGCUUUUGAGUUAGCUAAAAUGGAAAGUAUCAGAAGAAAGCAGCAUCCCCUUAUAUUAAUAACAAGUGUUAAAUCAAGUGGAGUGCAUUACUUUAUAGGGCCAUCAAAAUCCUAUUCUCAUGAUUACCCAGUUGAACUGGAGCCUUACAUAACAAAGGAUGAUUUCGAAGCCUUCAUUUCAGAGGUAAAUGAUGUAAUAGUAAAAUAUUGGCCUUGCUUUUUCACUUUCAUUUUGGCAUUCGCUUUUUCGGUUGUCACUUGUUUCCUAAGUCUGUAUCUACCCAGGGUUUGUAUUGAAGAUGUGUAAAGAUUUCUGGGAUAUGUAUUAGAGAGAUGGAACGAGACUUGGGAACAAAAGGGUAUUAAAGUGGAAUACAAAAGAAACCUUUUAAAUAGUGAAUUAUAAUUUUAUAAAUUAUGAAAAUGUUCUAUUUCAACAA